AUUAGUGGUCGUGCACUCAUCGUGAUUAACAAUCUGGAGUAUUUCCUGAUCGCUCGUGACGGUUCGUGAAACAACAACAACAAGGCAGAAGAAACUAGUAGAGGACCACUCGUUGUGCAGUCAGUACUUGAGCCGAAAGAGAGUAAGAAAACCCCCCAUUCGGAGCGAGAGAUAGAGAGAGAGAGAGAGUAACAGCUUAGUACACACACUCUCCAUCGUCGUACUUACUAGACUAGUACAACAGGAGUUAGUAGUUGCUAUUCGACCGGCACCGCGGCGGGAGUCAUCGUCAGAUGAGACUACGAGAUCGGCUAAGGCAUAAAGCGAAAUCCGUGCUGAGAACUUUGAAUACGUGCACAAAUCCGAACACAAUGGACGACCAAGUAGCACCAAACAGCAGCAAGCAGCACAGUUUUGUAGAUAAACGCAAACGACGGACCGUGGUCAAAACGGCCAUCAACGUGGGUCACAAGUUCCUGGUCCUGCUGGUGCGAUGGUUCCUGAAGAUGAUCUACGGCGAGCACGGGCAGAAGAUGCCACCGAUCCGGAACCUGAUACUGAUGGAAUCCGCUUCGUCACUGGCCCAGAAGAUCCGCACGAGGAAGCUCACCAGCGUAGAAGUGACGGAGGCCUUCAUCGAGCGGUGCAAGGAGAUCAAUCCGCUGCUGAACUGCGUCGUCGACCAGUGCUACAAGGCAGCCCUGAGUGACGCCCAAAAGGCGGACAAACUAAUUGCCUCGGAAACGCUCACCGAGGAACAACUUGCCACCGAGAAGCCCUUCCUGGGCGUUCCAAUUUCAACGAAAGACUGCAUCAGAGUUAAGGAUCUUCUCCAUACGGCCGGCAUAUGGAAGCGACGGUCGAUCCGCGGAGAAAAGGAUGCGCGCGCCAUGGAGCUGAUGAGGAAGGCCGGAGCGAUUCCGUUCGCCCUGACGAAUGUUUCCGAGUGCUGCAUGUGGUGGGAAAGUACCAACACAAUCCACGGCCGAUCCCGGAAUCCGUACGAUACCAACCGGAUCGUUGGUGGCUCCAGCGGUGGCGAAGGUGCCAUUCAAGCUGCCGCCGGAUCUCCCUUCGGACUGGGCUCCGAUAUCGGGGGAUCCAUCCGGAUGCCGGCGUUCUUCAAUGGGAUCUUCGGGCACAAACCGUCCCGGCAUGUCGUCUCUAACGAUGGACAGUACCCGGAAGCGAUCUGCGACGAGCAGGACAUGUUUUUGGGAAUCGGUCCGAUGUGUCGCUACGCGACGGAUCUCAAGCCCAUACUGCGGAUAAUCGCUGACGAAAACGCCAAGAAGCUACGGCUGGACGAAACCGUCGACCUGAAGCAGGUUCGAUUCUUCUUCCAGCAAAACGACGGUGGUGGUCUGCUGGUUUCACCCGUGGACCUGGACAUACGCGACGCCAUGGAAAAGGUGAUGGCCCACUUCCGCAGUACCGUCAAGGCCGACGUUCGGAAAGUCUACCUGGAUAAAAUGCGUCUAUCAGCUCCGAUUUGGUUCGGCAACAUGAAGAACAAGGAAGAGAUUUCCUUCGAUUCGCAGCUGGACAAUCUGGAAGGGAAGAUUAAUCCGUACGUGGAGUUGCUCAAGUGGAUCGUGGGACAAUCAAACCACACCUUUGUCGGUAUCAUGACGGCUAUCACCGAGAGGAAGGGCAUUCAGUACGGAACGGAAAAAUACCACUAUAUGGUCAAGCAGAGGAACGAACUGCUGCAGGAGAUGAAUAGCAUGCUCGGAGAUAAUGGAGUGUUCAUCUAUCCGACCCAUCCGACGGCGGCUCCGUACCACAACGAACCGCUUGUGAGGGCGUUGAACUUUAGCUAUACCGGUAUCAUCAAUGUUUUGGGAUUACCGGCGACGGCGGUGCCGCUGGGGCUGGGCCGGGAAGGACUACCGAUCGGAUUGCAGGUCGUAGCGAACGUCAACCAGGACAGGCUUUGUUUGGCCGUUGCGUGCGAGCUGGAGCGUGCCUUCGGAGGAUGGGUUGCACCGGAGGUGUUGGCCUAACAACGGUAGGGUUCUAGGAAGGCUUGCGCGGACAUAUGGGACCAGUGAUUUCCGGACGUCACAUAGUGGGUUUGAGGGUGAGAGGAGGCGUAACUGAAAGAAACUAUUUAAACUUACUUGAGUGUCUAAUAUGCAGGAGAGCUGUUUGCAAGUGUGCGUGUAAUCACAGUCGAGCAUUUCGGCAUAGGCCUUUUACAAUUAGAAGGUGACAUAUUUUUUAUUAUCGAGAAAAUAUACAUGGUUUGAAAUGAUUAUUAAAA